AUAGCUCAGUGUUCCUAGCUCUGACAUUUAUUUGAAUGUCAUUUCUUUCUCUGUUCAUUCUAUUUUCCAUCUUUCAGAGCUUCCCUCUUUGCCCCAUUCUUUUUUCAGUCCAGCAAACGGGAGAAUCCACAAUCUUCAAAGUGAUCAAAAUCAGUGGCCUGCUGACUUAAGGAAUGCUGGGGGAAGCUUACUCACAAAAUCCAGCCUAAAAGGAAAGGUGACGGAUCCUGCCCGAGAGAGGUUUCCAAUGGCUGAGCUUUGACAGACACCAAUGCACCAUGUACAGUGUGGAGGAUCUCCUAAUUUCACAUGGAUACAAAUUGUCAAGCAAUCCUCCAGCACCCCAUGAGGAUAGAUGUGAUGGAUAUCGGCAGGGGAGUUCAGAGAGUAGAGCUGGUCAUGGAACAUUGAAUGGGUAUGAAGCAGACCCUGCAGCCUUUGCUUAUAAUAAAAAAUCGCUGGGAAAAGGAUAUUUGAGUGGCAAUGAGAACAGUGGAGCAGUACCGGGGAGCCACAGAGAUCCCCCAAAUUCAUCUGCUUUCCAUCAUUCUGAGGAGGGGUUUUAUAACCAACCACCAUUAGCGUGGACUUCCCAGCCUAAGCCAGAUCUUACCUACUGGAGAAGAAAAGGACAAGCCUUCAGUACAUUGCUAGAUCCUACAGACAGAGGGCACCUUGAAAUCCCCAGAAUGGCAGAGCCCCGUGGUACCAACCGAAAUGUGAGAGAGGGUCAGCUGGAAGUAGGAUCGAGGAUGGAAAGCACGAUGAGGAGAGCGGUUUUAGAAGACAGCUGGAAAGUAUCAGGAGAUCCCAAGUGGCAGAGCGCACAUUUUGAAAGCUGGAAGCAGCCACGGAGACUAGGGAGACAGAUGUCUGAUGGAGAUGGGGAGAAGCUGCUUCAAGAUCUGUACUCAUUUACUAAAGGAGACAAUGCAUUUAAUUCCCAAAACAAGGGAAAGUCCCAGUCUUUGCCUAGAGUUCUUUCUCCUGACACCCUAAGAUGUGUAGAAAUGCCCAUUCUGAUAAAUGAUUACCAUUUCCCAGGGGAUGCUAACAUGCUAUUUUAUCCUACAAAUAGUACAUCAAACUUGGAGUACCUAAGAAACUCCGAAAGGGGUGACCCCUAUAUUCCUUUACAAAAGCCCAAGUAUGGGAGACCCCUAAAACCUCCCUCUUAUGAGCUCCAUCGACAGACUCGAGGUGGGGUAGAAACCAGCAGGUAUCACGAUAACUACCCAAAAGACUGUAUUUCUUUUCUGCCCAAAACUAAUGAGCUCAAGCAGGACCCUUAUAACCCAGACCCAAAUUUGGAGCCUCCCGUGUAUGUCCCACCACCAUCUUAUAGGUCGCCACCCCACCAGAACACAAAUCCACAUUUCCUAAAUGAAGUGCCUCAUUUCCAGUAUGGUGGUCACACACAGCAGCAGCAGCAGCAGCAGCAACUGAUGGACAAGCCUGUUGCUGACCAUUACUCUUCAUCUGGCUCCUACAAAUCUGGGAAUCAAUAUGGUGCAAGUGUGUGUCUUCCCCAUGGGCUUCCCGGACACACCCAGCACAUGGAUGCUUGUGACAGCUCGGUUCAGUAUAUUCCCUUCAGUGACCCACGAAUCCGACACAUCAAAAUAGCCCAUCAUCAGGACCUCAGCCAGGAAACCAAAUUCCUUGAAAAAUUACAUACCACAGGUCCCUCUGCUUUCCAAGGACCAGUUCGGGUUCAAGCACAAGAUGAUGGUGCCUUUUUUCAUCCUGAAAGCCAAGUCCCCUCAACUCAAAGUGAGAGUGACCCUGCCAUUUAUGGACCUAGCCUUGGGUGGCUCCCAGUAGCACCACCCCCAGACAGAGAAAUCUGUGCCUUGCCUGACCAAAGAGACCAUUGUGUUUUAAGUGAGCCACAGCCUGAUAAGGAAAACAGCCGUCAGCAGUGUGCUCAAGGGAGGGUUCCUUCCCAAAGCCCACAGUGGGAGAGUACCUGUGAAACCAUAACUAAGCUCAAAACAUUUCAAACUGGGAUUCGGACCAAGAGAAGUUCAAAGAAGAAAGUGAACGAAACCGUAUUUUGCUUGGUUUCUGUCCCAGUUAAAUCAGAGCCACAUCUGCCAGCUACAGAUAGGAAUAACAAUGAUUUAAAACAGAGUGCUGAUAAAAAGAAUGGCAAUGAUAAAAGUGGAGCUUUGCAAGAACAAAGUCUCUUAAGCAUGUCUUCCACUGACCUGGAGUUACAAGCACUUAUAGGGAGCAUGGCCAGUCAAACUGAGUUACAAAAACAAGGACCAGGAGGGCCAAAGCAGUACAAACAAACAAAUGACCUCAGAUUCAGUCACCCCAUGAAACACAGGGAACUCAAAUACUCUGGCUCUUGGCCAGGUGACCAGUACAGAGACCAGCAAACACAGACCACCAUCACCCAAGAAUCUCAAACCUCUCAGCUUCUUUCUGCUGAAAAGAUGGAGGGCCAACACGGUGUGCUGCCCAUUCCAAAAGUAUCCGACCUUACUCUGAAAUUCUCAGAACCCUCUGCUUCCAAAACCCCGAAGCCAACAGCAUCACCUCCCAGUGACUGGAAGCUGAAGUCAGAUACCUGUAAUCUGAAAGGUCAGGUGUACUUUAGUCCAUCCAACAAUAGCGCUUUCUCGAGGACUGCUUCAUCUACCCUCCAGGGGCCUUCAUCAAAAGCAGGCCAGAGCCAGCCUUAUGGGCCCUUCACUGAUGUAAAUGAGAGGGACACUAAGCCAGUAUUUAAAGGUCAAGUAGUGAAGGGUGAAUCAAGUGCCCCAUGCAACAGUAAAGAGCUCUUUGGUCAGUUUCUCUUAAAACCAGUUAGCCGUCGUCCCUGGGAUGUCAUAAGUCAGUUAGAAAGUUUUAACAAGGAGCUUCAAGAACAGGAAGAAAGUAGCAGCAGCAGCAGCAGCAGCAGCAGCAGUAGUAGUAGUAGUAUCAAUAAAGAGGAUACAGAAAGUGAGCAACAGAUGCAAGCUGAUGCUGAUUCUGGAGCUGCUGAUGAUACUGAUGCUGGGCUAUGGGACUAUAAGUCUGAUGGAUCCAGCCAGGAAAUGCGAGUUGGGCUACAGUCAAGGACGGCACCCGAAGUUCCCGUAUUUAAAUCAGGAAGAGUUAAGAGCAUGGAGCCAACAUCUGAUUUCAUCUACGGCUAUCUCAAACCACAAGUACCCUUGCAGAGAAGAGAUAGCAAAGGUGAAUCUGUUGAGGCCACCGAUGAAAGUGCGCUUCCACAACCAAGAAACCAAGAAAUGGAGAAUAGAAUGAACAAGGUAGCCAUCAGCCCAGACCCGGUGAAAAGAAUAAUGUCGAGUGGUUUGAUGAAGACGAUUGCAAACCCCUUGAUCUACCCAGCUGACAUAAGAGAGCCCCAAGAAAAUAGGCAAUAUAGCAAUGUGUUAAAUUCUGCACAACCGAGCCAAAUAAUCUGUCCCAGGAGUGAUGCAACCGAAGAGAGGGAGUCAGGAGCACACAUUUCUUUAGUGAACAAAAGCCCAGGUCUGCCUGAACCAGAGGUCAAGUUUGUGGAGAUUGAGACAGGUCCGGAGCAUGAUGUCAACAAGCUAGAUGGCAUUUUAGAAAAAUCAGGUACAAUAGAAAUCCCUCCUAAUGAACCCCUUCAAAUGAGGGCUGCCCGGAUUCUAGGCAUAGAGGUAGCCAUGGAGUCCCUCAUCCCUGGUAACAAGGAAAGGGGGCCAAACCUUCCUCCCAGUCCUGCUGAAAGUGUUGCCAUGGCUGAUUUGUCUGCAACAGAAACAUCAUGCAAUUCAGUGCAAUCAAAGGACCCUGACUCCACGUCAUUAAAAAGUGCUUUUGCUAGCAGGAGGAAGUGUGGCUGGAUGGAAAGCCCUCUCUUUGUAGGGGAGAGAGACACUCAUUUGAAGACACACGUAAUUGCCCAAGAUUCGGAACUCAGCCCAGAUGUGGAUGGAGAUGACACCACUAAUGCUUCAGUCCCUGAACCUGAGCCCAAAUCACCUUCCAAGCUCCAUGGACAAAAGGACCUCAGGCCAAACCAGUCCUACAAGUCAACUUUGUUUCAUUAUCUGGAAAGGAGCUCUAUAGGGAUGGGCUCAGAAAAGAAAUUCAGAAGCACAUCCAAGGUGAUUGAAACCAUACAAGAGAAAUUAGUCAGCCCCCCAAGCAAACCAGCUGUGGACCGGCUAAUGCGAAUGAAGGAAGUGGAUUCCAUCUCUCGAAUUAGACGUCUCAGUUCCAAGAGCACCGAUUCUGGGGAGGACACAGAGGAAGAGAAAAUUCCGAGAAGACUGGAAGGACAGUCAAGGGGCUUUGGCUCUUUGAAUGGCGGUGACCCAGGACACAAAGUAGAGGAUGCUGGAGCUGUGUCUAAGCACAUCACAUCCCUAGGAGAAAAUGGGCAUCAGACAAUAUAUAGUGUAAAAAAGAAUGCAGAGCAAGAUUUUUUUUGCCUAGAUGAAGGAUUCGAGACCCAGAGGGGUGACCAAGGUCCCACAGCUAGUCAGCGUCAGGGCAGCAUUAAAGUGCACGUCUGAUUUGCCACCCAGGGUUCUUCCCAUCAUGCCAAGCCUCUCACGGGGUAGAGUUGGCAGAUACAUACGAUCCUAGCCGAGUUGAAAGGGUCUGAGCCUGUGCAAAUCUUGAACACUCCAACCGGCUAAUUAAGUAUUCUGAUUUGGGGCUGACCUGCCUGCCUGCCCCUGGCCUUUGCUUAAAAAUCAUCACUAGUUUUGGGUGUAUUGAUAAAGCCUUUACCACUGCCGAUAGAAAUUAAACAUUCUUCCAAAGCUUUUUUGUGGAGAUAAUGAAAAUCUUGCCCUUUGAAGCCACACCUGUUUCUGUAGCGGUUCUAAUUAAGUUGUGCCUACAAUCAUCAAGGUAUUUUCACAUAGAUGGAGGCAGCUAGGGUGUAAAUGGGAGGAGGUGAGGUAAUUUCAUUUAAUUCUCAACUGUCAAAGGUUAGAUAAGGGAAGGCUACGAAAAUGAUUUGGAAAAGAAUAUGAAUGUGUAAGCUCCCUUUUGGAAUCUCUAAAGCCCAAGCUUUUGUGUUUAUAGGAUGGAAUCUUGGAGAUAAACUAUUUCUGAGAGUCCUUCUGCACUUUGAGUGGUGGGGAAAUGUGGAAUGCACAUAAGGUUAGAGACUGAUCCUUUUAAAAUCAGUUUGGCCAAGGGCAGCGAGGUGGUGCAGUGGAUAAAGCACCAGCCCUAGAUUCAGUAGGACCUGUGUUCAAAUCUGGCCUCAGAUACUUGACACUAGCUGUGUGACUCUGGGCAAAUCACUUAACCCUCAUUGCCCUUCAAAAAAAAAUCAAUUUGGCCACCUAGUGUUAAAAAUAAUUUUCUUUAAUUACAUAAGUAAACUCGCCAUAUUUGGGGAAUAAAAGCAAUAUCUUAUAAGCUCCUGAGGGAUAAGCGCCUGUUCCACAAUGGACUAAGAAUAUGAUUUAUGGAGCAACUAAAUAUUUUGGUCAGUUGCGAACAAAAUACCAUUGUGUGUUUUUGCACUCAGUAUUAUCUACUUUUAUUUUCUGUAUGGAUGUUUAGAAAUUCUUUUAUAUGAAAAAAUUGCUGAUUUAAAGUAGCCCAUUUUAACAAAGUAACUAUAUUUCUUUUUAGAAGAAUACUAUUUUUCUAUGAUGUAAACUAUUGUUUGGUGGCAGAUUUUAAAAGAAGUAUUAUAUUUAAAAGAAUCUGUAUCCCUCUGUGUGAAGGGAACCCAAAGGAGGGUUUAGUUUGAAGUUUUAAUGUAUAUGUUAUAUCACUUAUUCGUAUACAAUGCUGCCACUUGGAUUUUGUUGUGAAAAGAGAUGUCUAUAUAUAUACAAAUAUUAUGGGGUUAAUUAACUCUUUUUAAAAAAUGAAUUUUUCACAAAGGUUUUUCACAAACAUAGCUGAUGAAGUAUUUUUGAAAGUCUUCCCUUUCAGGGUGCAGCUGAAAUCCUCCAAGUAUCAUAACUGGUGCCAGAUUAACUAGAAUUACCAAAAAGCAGUUUCAUAUUGUGUCUAAUUGUAUAGCCCUGAAAUACAUCUUCCCCAAUCCACCCAACACUUUCCUCUCCCCUACCCACCACACAUGCACACAUGCAUAGACACACACAUGUAUUUUGCCUGGUAUGGUUCUGAAUUAGUCUAUAUUAAAAAUAUUGCUUUGAGACAUUAAAUAUGUGGCAUUUCAAAAGAGUAUUUUGAGACCUGUACAUUCUACUGUGUUUAAUACUGCAUUAACCCUGCACAAACUUUAUUUAUGAUUUUUUUAUGUGUUUCUUUCCACUCUCUUUGUAAGAUAUUCAGAUUUGCUAAUAUUCAUUUGAAGGUUCCUUGUUUCUAGCCCCCAUCUUUCUUGUGAGAGAGUUGUCUCUUACAUUGCCCUUUCUCAGAAAGCUUCCUCAUCUAUUUUUAUUCAUCUCAACUUCCCCAAAUGAUCAUUUUGGGUGGUCUGUAAUGUGGCCCCCAAAACAACUCUUGUGGUACUUUAGACAACCCCUUUUAUAUCUCCACCAUAUGAUUAUUUUUUUUACAGAAGAGCAUUAUAUGGUUGAUUAUAAACAAAAUGUAAAUCAUUCUUCAAAAUCCCCUCAGAUAUACUAAUGAACAAUCUUGGCCCAUAUUUUAUUAUUCAUUUUAAGUUUUGGCUUUUCCAGCUGGAAAGUUACAAUAAGAUAUAGCAUCCAUAUCAGUAGAAACCAGGGCGAAGUCAUUGCUUGGAAUGGUCAUGGAAUUACUCUUUCUGGGAAAGACUUUGAGUGAGGAAUGGUUCGCUCAAACUUUGAUCAUUGGUUAACCACUUAGAUUAGCAGGGGGCCAACUGGCCUGAAACUGAACCACCUGACAAGCCUAACUGGGACUCGGUAUCCUUUUCACAUUUUGAAAAUGGGAAGGAUCUUUUUCCCCCCAGAGACUAACCCUGUCCCCUUUAAAACUAUCAAUAUGUUGUGUAGAGGUAUUCAAAUUCAAAGUCAUUGGAAAGAAGAGAAACUGAGCUAUAUUCUUAUUCCAGAUUCCUCCUAAUGGCCACAGUAGAGAGAUAAAAAUGGAAACACAAUAGAAAGUAGAAAAAGGGAGACAAAAUGUCUCAUACCACUAUGGAAAAUAGAUAUUUUAGGAAUUAUGACUUUGAGACUUCCACUUUUCUCAGGCAACUGACAUCAUCCCCAAAUAUGACUUAUUUGAAGAUUUGAAGCCCAUAAGAUCAAUAAUUUCCUCUCCAUUAAAUGGAGCCUAAUUGGGUAAAACUUACUUGAUUUAGCUACAACAAACAAUUUCAACAUUACCUAUUGGCCAAACUGUUUUCUUGGUUAAUGUGGCUAUAUUAACGCAGUCAUAUUCAUCAAUAGUUGGGGGACUUAAAAGAUUGAAGUUUAGUUCUGACCAAUUUUAAGCUAGAAAUGUAUAGAAGAAUUACAUCUGAAGUAGAAGUAAAUGAUGAUUUAAAAAGGAAAGACAAUAAAUUUAGCUAAUGACUACUUGGUUCUGAUUUGCUUUGCCUUGAAGCAAACUUUUGAUUGAUUGAAAAUAGUAUAUUUCAACAUUCUUUCCCUGUAUCCUUUGCUAUAUCCAUAGCCUGUCCUAGAGUACCAACCAAAUGUGUAAAGAUUUACCUCUGGGAAGCCUUUAGUUUCCCCAUCUCCACCCCCCCAUCUCUGUUGUUCAUAACUUUUCUGGCCCAGUGGAUUUUUGGAGACUCUUCCUUUGGGUUUAUUGGCCAAUUUAGUUAGGGUAGAUGUUAUUAAUGGGAGUUGUACUCUCCUGUUAUGAAAUAAGAGGCAAUUCCCAUACUGAUCCAAUCCUUAACAGGUCCUUAACAUUUUGGGACUAUUUUUUUUAUAUAUUGGUGAAAGGCCACUGUUAUUUAAAAUCAUCUUGGUAAAACAAACUAUUGCAAAUCCAUUUUGACCUGUGGAAUAGCUUAUCCCAUGAUAUAGGAUGCAUUUCAACAGCACCCACCACAACUCCAAGUGUCCCACCAGUGAGGUAAGUUGAGGUGACCCUAAUCAUUUUUGGAGAACAAAACAGUGACUCCUCCCAACAACUGCUUAUCACGGAGUUCCUACUGCUAGGAUGCUAGCAGCAGACCAGGUGAUACUAAUGAUUCUGUGGAGAAAACCAGGUUCCAAUUCCUAUCAGAAAAAGUGACUAGAAGGAACCCAUGCAUAGCCCAGCAAAUUUCAAAGAGUAUAUUUGUGACUAUUGGCCACCUUUGCUAAAUUACUAAGUAAUGCAGGAUUAAGUAUCAAGGUUAACAUCUCUUGAAAAGUGCUAAGUGCCACAGGAUUAUAGUUCUAUAAAUGUUUGACUUUGAGGAGAUACUUCUGAUGUUCUAAGUUUUUGUAAACAAAAACGUUCAUAUUUGGGGCCAUUGGUCUGCUUAAAACAAGGACUACCUGAUCCAUCUGUGGAUGGAGAUAGGAUUUAAGGGGGGAGGGUGGAACAGGGCUAAACUAUCGCUUAAAGUGAGGAAUUUUUGUGUCUUUUCCACUCAAACUAUAGAUUUUGUGCAUCUGGUUAUGGGAGUAGAGUCGCUACUCCAAGCUGGAUUUAGGGAAAACAUUCCAAAUGACCUUUAAGAGUCUGCACAGUGGGAGGUCUCUCUAAAGGGUGGGAUGUUCCCCUCAACUCAAUUCUGACCAGACCAAGAAUAGGGAGAUGAUAAAGUAGCUGGAGAAAGAAAGACAGAAACAGAGAGAAACAGAAAGUGAGAGAAAGUGAGAGGGGGGUGGAGAGAGAGAGAGAGAGAGAGAGAGAGAGAGAGAGAGAGAGAGAGAGAGAGAGAGAGAGAUUGAGAUUAUAUUACAUCCCUUUUCAGCCAAAGUUUCUUCUGAAGUAACCUGAAGGAUGCUGCAGGCCUGGGACUGUCCCAGUACUGGGUAGGGGAAAAGGCAGAGGGUUCUCUAUAUUAACUGAUGGUUUUGGUUUAUGACUCUUACUGUAUAGCUGUCUUUAUUCAGACAACAUCAUGCAGAAAACCUAGGGGCUUCUUGUUCCCUGGCCCCUGCUAUGUGACUGAAACAGGAACCUGAACUGGCAUCCAGCUUUCCUGCCCAUUAGCACAAAGGCCCUCAUUUGGGGCAGGGAGGCCAGGGAGGCCAGGCAGUGUUUUCCAUAACAUAAUCCUCUUUCCCAUGUGGAAGCCAGGUCCCCUAGAUCUCGGCUACUGAGCCAAAGAAGCAGCUCAGCUUCUUCCUUCCCCCCCUCACCCUCCACCCCCCACUGCCUGAGACUUGCUGUGUAGCCAUCACCAUCUUGGAGUAGGAAGGAAGGGAAUGUAGUCGUGAGCAGCAUAUGACAGGCAUUAGAAAUAAAAACGAGGCAUCCCGGCCAGGGGAAAUGCAGUCACCUCUAGAUUAUAAAAUAAAUGGGUCAGCAGAAAUCCCAAGCAUCAUACCCAGGCCUGUCGGAGAAAAUAACCAGAAACAUCCCUGCAGAAAUCUCUGAAAUGCAGCAAAGACAAGCACCCUUGAUGAAGCCCGGAUAGUCUACAUCUGCCCACAUGUGUCAGUGAGCACAGCUGCAGAAAGCAGGUAAGGGAGCCUGCCCCAUGGCGAGCUGAAACAGCAGCUGCUCUGAAGUGUGGCCGCGGGGCAUCCAAGAGAAUUCGUGGUGAGGAGAGGAGUCGAAGGGGACCUUCAGGACAGGGGAAGAAUGAAUUAAGCAAAUGAAAUAUUUGUAAAACGGAAUGGGAUGAAUGUCUUCAAAGAGCUUUGUACUUCUCUGCACAAUGUAAAUAGAUACUAUGUUGCUAUAUGAUAUUGCUAUUUAAGGGUGAUUAACCCUGCUACCUAAUGCACAUGUUCCAAAUAAAGAUUUUGCAUGAAU